CGUUGCGUUUGAAACCCACAGAAAGAACUCAGCGCUAGACGGCAAGGGGCUGGGAGUUACUUGGCACGGAAGUUGGUUAAAGCCCUCUGGAGCGCCUGGCCCACACUGCCGGGACAGAGCGUUUUUAAGGACUGGGUUCCAUCGCGCUGCGGAUCGCACACCAGCGCAGGGCAGUGGCGGGCGUCUAUUGGGUGUCCGCGGCCGCCGGGUUGGCUGCGGCCCCAUAGGCUCAUUGGAGAUUGCUUUCCUGGACACCGAGCAGCGGUGGGAGGGGCAGACAGAAGCGGCUAGAGGAGAGAUCGAAAGCAGGGACUCUGGGGGUGAGCGGGGGCAGUUGGCCCUCGGCGCACGCGCGCUCCCUGGCAAGGACCAGGCAGAACCUUACGGGGGAUUCCUACCCCAGCUGAACAGAGAGCCCUGUGCGGGAUCAAUACCCGGCCGUCUGUGUCUCAGUGGCUUGGGUGAAAAUGGGCUGAACACCAGGCCCCAAAAGGGGGAAUGCCAAGGACUGUGGGGAGAACCAGUCCUUCCCUCCAGCCUCCCAGAUGUCAUUCUGCCUAUCCAGGCACCUGAGUCUUGAGCUCCAGGGGAUUCUAUGGUUACUAAGCUACUGGGUUUUGUUGACUUUUUAAAAUUUUCCUCUAAGGAGGUGGGGGCAAGAGGCAGGGAAGAGCAAAUAAAAACAAAUCAAAACAAGCCCUCCCUCCCCAAAAUAACGCUGUCCUCCCACCCCCUAUCCCCACACAAAGCUAAGGCCUCUGAAGGAGCAACAGCCAGACAGAACUGACCUCCCCAGGGCAGGUCCUCAGCACCCUUUCUGGUGAAUGCGAAGCGGCGGUGCGUGGCCUCUUUGUCCUCAAGUGCUGGGUGGACGAAGGGGCUUCCAGAAAGAAAGAAGGAUGGCCAGUGGGAAUGGGCUCCCUUCAUCCUCGGCCCUUGUGGCCAAGCGUCCCUCUGCCCUGGGCCCGUUCCCCAGAUUCGUCUGGAUCCAUCAGGACACCCCCCAAGACAGCCUAGACAAGACUUGCCAUGAAAUCUGGAAAAAAGUUCAAGACCUGCCUGAGGCCCUGCAGCCCAGGACCUCCAUGGAACAGCUCUCUGCCCCCACAGCUGGGACUCCAAGAGACUAUGGUCUCAGCUUCCAAGAAGAAGCCCUGGAGCUCAGCAGGGGAAGAGAUGAGAUUUCCCUCCUGGUGGAGCAGGAAUUCUUGAGCCUCACGAAGGAGCACCUCAUCCUGGUCCAAGAGAGCUCAGAGGAGAUGGAGGCUGCUGGCGAUGAUACCCAGGGGACCAGAGAGCUGGCUUCUUGUGUUCUUGCACCUUUCCUGGUGGCAAGCAGCAGCGAGUGCGCAGGAGCCUCUCUCACUCCUGGCGACAGGCUUCAGGAGCAGAGGGUGGCCAUGUCCAUUAUUGGCAGCCGGCAGAACUGCGAUUCUGCCAUGUCUACGGUAACAGGCAUCCUGCGUGCUGCCAAGAUCAGGAAUGCCAAGGGGACCGAGGACGGGGGCCACAGCCUGGCUGACUGCAACUCGGAGAUCAGUAAACUCUUGGCCCAGUUCCCGCUGAAGUCCACGGAAAUGUCCAAAGCCCCUGACAACAAGAUGGUGCUGGAGGAGACAAAGGUCAUCAAGGACUUCUUGCAGAACAGUAUUUUCAGUGGCUCUGGACCCAGAGAGCCCACAGGGCUAGGCCCAUUCAUGCUCCUGCCUCCUCCACCUCCUCCGGCACCCCCAGACAAGUUCUCUGAGCUCCCUGCCCAGAAGAGGCAGCUUCCAGUGUUUGCCAAGAUCUGUUCCAAGGCUGAAACUGACCACGCCGUGGAGGGGCAUCACUUGAUGGAAUGGAUCCCUGGCAUUAAGGAGUCGACCAAGAGUCAAGAGAGCCUCUUUCUCAGCCAGUGGCCUCAGACUCAGAAGGACAUUUGCGGCGAGGAGAGUCACAGUGACCCAGUGGACUCCGUGCCCACCAAGAAGCCUGCAUGGCCGGCUGAGAAGAACCUGCUCUAUGAGUUCCUUGGGACUACCAAGAACCCAAGUGGGCCACUGAAGCUUUGCAGCAAAGUGGACGCGGAUGGGUUGGAGCUGAAGCUUAACCCAUCUGUAACAGCUGCAGAGAAGAACAACCUUAAGUACACAGGGAAUGUUUUCACCCCACGCUUUGCCACAGCCUUGACCUCAACCACCAUGAACCAGCCACUCUGGCUCAACUUGAACUGCCCACCUCCGCCAGUGUUCACCAAUCACUCCACCUUCCCACAGUAUCAGGGCAUGUACCCACAGCGGUCACCGAGGAUGCCCUAUCAGCAGGCUGUGCCUCCUCAGCUAGGCUGCUACUCCCGACAGCAGGUGACACUCUACAACCCACAGCAGAUGGGCCAGCAGAUCUUCCGCUCUUCCUACACCCCCCUGCUGAGCUACAUCCCCUUUGUCCAGCCCAACUACCCUUAUCCACAGAGGACACCUCAGAAGCUGCCCACCAAUCCCCGAGACCCCUCUCCCAUGUCAGGAGACGGCCCGCAAUACCUCUUCCCCCAAGGAUAUGGGUUCAGCUCAACAUCUGGUGGGCCCCCGAUGAACAGCCCUUAUUUUUCCUCCAGUGGGAAUGGCAUCAAUUUUUAGACUUCUUUUAUUCCCUCUCUUCCUCCUCUAGCCCUUGGAUCCAGGUGAAGGGCUGUAGAAUUCUGGACUGUGCAAUAGCUUGGUACGAAGUUCUGAAAGCCAAGGGUCAGACGAGGUCACGGACAGAAAACAGCAAGACCAGGUUCAUUGACUGACCGUCUAUAUUUAUCACACACACAGCACAAGCCAAACACAUAUCCUCCUGUUCACACUCACUUGCUCAACCACACAGGCACCUGUAUUUCACUAACAUGAGUGAGUUUUAUUUCUGUUGUUGUUAAAAUAGGAGUAAGGCAUUUACGUUUAGAAAGUUUGUAUUUUAUGAUAAAACUCUGAACUGUA